ACCCAGAUUAUAUAAAACUUAUAAUAUGAAUUACACAUUAUUUUAAUAGUUUUUCAACUGUCAACUCUAGUUCAAUCAUGUUUUUAUUCACCUAUUCAUUUUUCAUUGCUUUAUACAUCUUAGGUACUUCAGCGUUGAUUCAGAAGGAUGAAACCGGCAGUGACCUUUUACCAACUCCGACUGUCGAAGAAAAUAAAAAUGAACUUUUUUUACCUGUUGACAAAGACUGGCAGAUAGAAAUGUGUAAUAAGUUAAACUUUGUUUGGAAUGAAACAUGUAUACAAGAAAAACCCGAGCUUUUCCGCAGUUUUCCAAAAAAAAUAGUUGAUAUAAGGAAAGAUGGUAAUUGUUUUUUCAGUUCCUUGUCUUAUUGGAUAUCUGGUACAACAAAGUAUGGGCAAAUAUUGCGAAAAAAUAUUAUUGAUUUUGCCAAAACUUCAGAAAUAUAUAAAACUAUGACGUGCGAUGACGAGCGAGAUGCACGCAUUAGAAGAAUGUAUCGUUCUGUUGAGUUCGCCGAGAGUCCUGAAAUAUUUGCCGCAGCAGACUAUUUGAAAACAUCCAUUUGUGUUUACUCAAAGAGUCCAUUUUUAAAAGGGUGGCACUUUUUUGCAGCAAAUAACUUAUUAAACACAAAAGAAGAUGAAAAAUGUCUAUACAUUAUUAAUCACGGAGAGCAUUACGAUGUUGUGGUUGACACGUAUCCAAUAGAAACUGACGUUUUAGAAGAAAAUUUUAAACUGGAACAUCGAACAAUUCUUCAUCCAUAUUACAGCUCUUUAAGUGAUGAUGGAAAAAUAAUCGAUUCGCCUAAUUACUAUUCAACAGAGGAUUCUAUAUUAUCUGCAUUUAAAAAUCCAAUGAGAAUUGGCGGUUUAGGAGAAAAUAAUGAAUAUAGAGAUUAUCUAUUAAAUGCGUAUAAAAAUAAAAUGGACACUGAUACAGAUUCUCUAUUAUCUGCAUUUCAAGAUUUUAAAGGCAGGUCAAAGAAUCCAAUGGGAAGUGGCGUUUUAAGUGAAAAUAUUAAAUAUAGAAAUAAUGUCACUAACCAACGCCGUAAAAUUGUUCAUCCAUAUAACAACUCUCUAAGUGAUGAUGGAAAAAUAAUCGAUUUUGAUUUUCAUACAAGAAAGAAUCAAAUGAUCACUAACACAUUUGGACAGUGGAAUAAUAUAAAAAGUUGCGAAAAUAUAACAAAAUUAUUUCCAGUUAAUCAGGAAUGGCAGAUGGAGAAGAUCUCCCUUUUGGAAAUUAAUUUAAAUGAUACUGAAAUUGAUAUGCAAAAUAUUUGCACGAAGGAUAAGCUAAAUUAUUCAAAUUUAGAUUUAAACGUUAUUAAAAUUCUUAGUAACGUGCAUUGUUUUUUUAAAGCAUUAUCUUUAUGUAUAACUGGAAGUGUGACACAUUUUCGACGUAUAAAAUCUAAAUUAAUUAGUUUUUUGAAUGAAUCGGAAGUUUAUGAUAAUUUUUACAAUUCAUUCACGAAAAUAAAUCGAAUAGAUUAUUUUUUAAUCAGGGUUUUUCCUGUCGGCGUGGCUGAGUUAUAUGCUGCAGCUGAAAUGCUGAAGACAUCUAUUUAUAUUUAUUCUAAAAAUAAAUGGUACUUUAUAAGUAAAGAUGGAAUAGAGGGGAAAAUAACAAAUGAACAGUGCCUGUAUUUAGAAAAUCCAAAUGAAAAUCGUUUUAAUGUUAUUGUUCAUGAUUAAUGUGUUGUAAUAUACUCGUCAAGAUCUCUUACUUAA